UAGAUCUCUGUUUAGGCAGCAACGACUACGAUAAGAAAGCAUCAUAAGCUAGCUUGAGAAAAUAGCAUUGCAUUAGCAGCAGCGUUGAUACAAAGAGGUAGAAAAUGCGAAAGUUCGAUCCAUGGCUCGUUUUCUUCAAGCGCGAAUGGGAACGGAACUGGCCUUUCCUCGUUGGAUUCGCAGUCACCGGAACCGUAAUCACAAAGUUCUCCCUCGGCCUUACCGAGGAAGACGCAAAGAAUUCGAAGUUCGUUCAGGCGCACAAAAGCAAAGAUGUAAGAACUGAACGUGGACGGGCCCAACCAAUUAAAAGAUUUGCAAAUGCAGUUUUGUUUAGUUCCAUGCUUUCUUUGGUGUCUUUGACUUCUUUAUAACGAUAUUUGGAUAUGAUCGAUGUGUGAGCAAUUUUCUCAUUUAAUAUUGUGUUCGUAAUUCUAAUAAAGGUUGAUAAUGUAAUCUUUGAAAUUCAUCGUCCAGAAUUACUUGAAUUAUCUUACUGCGUUGCUCCUCUCACAGAAGGGUGCAUUUCCUUUCUGAGCUAGAUAUGUAUAAAAUCUAGCUUGUUGUUGACCCCAACUGUUAGCCUGAUCACAGCUAUGUUAGCAUCUUGGUCAGUGGUCAUAUCAGGCUCAAUUUUCAGUUGCCUUUUUGUCUGUAGACAACUGUGACAAUGAAUGUGCUUGUUUGCUCUCAAACCUGAUAUGCUGGACAGGAAAAUAAUCUUUCAAGAGUUGAUGGAAGCAUAUUUUUUAACACUCGAAUGACCCCUUUGGUUUAUUAAACUGAAGUAAUGAUCCUUUGGCUAUAAUUGAUGAAUUAUUAGAGAUAACUCAUUAUUGUCAACGAUUUUACUACGGAUUUUGCUACUAUACCUGAUUUGUUUCAUGCUCUAUCUGUUAUGUUAUUAGGCAUGCGUUUAAAUGCAAGA